CUUCGGCUGUCAGAUUGGCAGUGUCAGGCAAAAAACGUAAACAUGGCGAGUGAUUCAGAUGAUUUUGACCAAAAUAUAGAAAAUCUCAAAGGAACCGUAAGGCAGUCUUUUGCCCGCAUAUACGCGAGCCUAAAAGCGAGGGAACUAAAAACUUUAAGACAACUGGAUGCUUUACGUAAACAAUGCCAAGACGACAAAGACUUCAUAAGGAAUUGUGUUCAGAACAUACAAAUUCGAUACGAUAACGAGUCCGCACUAUUAGAUAAUGUAAGUAAUUACGGUGUAAUCGAUUUCGAGAAGUUGAAUUUUGAUAGUAGCACUUUUUUACUAGAAGAUUACGUGAGCCCCAAUGAUGAUCACAUGUACUCGUAUAAGACCAUAGAAGAGGUGACGAAGGAUGAUGAUAAUAUGGAACUAGAAGCUAUAGAAGAGGCUGCAUUAAAAGAGGUUACUAGGACCGAUAACUGUGUUUGUUUUGUCAAUAUAAGGAGUGAGGAUGUUGCAAAGAAGUUUCGGGAUCUAGAUGCGAACGUAUCUCCAAUAAAAAACUGUGAUGUUAGUUUAAAUUCCUCUGAAAGUAUCGAAGUGGAAGUCGUUGAUGUACCCGAGGAGGAGAAAAGUGAAAGUUCUGAUAGUGACGUGAAGAAAAUACAACCCACGGAUGACUGGUUGAAUUCAAUAAAAAGCCAAACGGAAACCGAGCCAGUGCUAGCGGACGUAAUGGAACACAGCACUAUAACCUGUUCUUAGCAUCUACAGUCGGCAUCUACAGUCGGCAUUAGAGUAGGCCCUGUUUGAGUCUGUUACUUAAUUAGAUUUAAUAAAUUUUUAUAUUUUACAUAAA